ACUAUCACAACCCAAAAUUACGCUCCCAUUUCAAACUCGGUCAGUCAGGUUCCCCGCCCUCACGGGUCCGGGCAGCCAUGCCUCCACCAUACACCACCACACACCCACCGUCUCCUCCCACACACCCACUCUACGCUCAGAAAUCAUGGUCACCGGACCUCCACCGGGACGAGCAAUGGAUAAGAAGAAAGGGUAAACAUAAAUACCGGAAGAGCAAGAGUGUAACUGAUGAGGAUAUUGAUGAACUCAAGGGGUGUAUAGAGCUUGGGUUUGGAUUUGAACAUUCUCCGAAAUCGGAUGACCGGCUUUCGGAUACUUUACCCGCGUUAGGUUUUUACCAUGCUGUUAAUAAGCAGUAUUAUGAUACGGUUUUGAAGUCUUCGUCGUUGUCGUCGUCUUCGUCUUCUUCUUCGGUUUCUUCGUAUUCGUAUGCUGUUUCUGAGCCUGAUUUGUCUUCUCCGGUUAGCAGCCCGGCCCAUCCGAUAUUCGGUCGCGGUGAUAAUCCACAAACAAUGAAGACAAGGUUGAGACAAUGGGCACAAGUUGUUGCUUGUUCGGUGCGACAAUCAUCAACAUCAUCUUCGACAUCAUCAAGUUGAACACGAGAUGAAAAGUAUGUUUACGCACAAGGAUGAAGCCGACAAGGCGAUGUUUAGAUCACGAAAAACGAAACCCAGCCAAUGCAUAGUUGACGGAGUGAAAUUGAUCUAAGUUUGAUGAUAUGAACAUAUCUCUAAUUGGGCACGCACAUGCUUUGUUUCUUUGAUGUUUGGUAUUUUUGACAUAUUUGCUUUUGAAUCAUGGUACGAGUUAGCUUUCGGUUGUUUUGAUUUGAUUUUAACUUUUAUUUUUCUUCCUUUUUGUUGAGUGGCAUCUAUCUUUAAUUUAAGGGAUUUUUGUGAUUUCUUGUCCCCAACUUUAUGUAAUAGCGUGACAAUAACUUCAUAAAUUUGCUUCUCAGUCUCACGAACGACUCGACUCGACUCGUUUAGCUGGCUUCUUAUAAAGUUUGUGUUUUUUUGGUUU